AAAGUUGGGCCAAAAAGAAAAAAAAAUAAUAAUAGGUUCACAGCCUUUAAUCAGUCAAGUACUUCACAUUUUCACGUACAGAUUUUAUUCUAGAGAAUCACCUGGAAUGAUUUUUGAUUAGAAAUUCUCGUGUAAAAAUAUAUUUUGAAGGCGAAAUUUUGAGGAAAAAUUAGCAGACGAUUUAUUGUUUAUGUGAAUAACUUCAACUUCAUAACCUUUUGUGAAAUCAAAUGACGUCAAAUGGAUAUUUUCGUCCGUAAGCUGUAAUUGAAAAGUAAAUAUUCCAUCUUUUAAUUUAUAGCUCAAAAAGGAUAUAAGCUGUGAUAUUUUAUAAAUGGAUAACAGACUCAACUGAUGUAAGGUCUCUUUUCAUCAGUAUGAGUGGCAAUACUAAUGAAAUAAUUAUUGAAGCCACUUCAGUAUGGCAGAAAGACAGAGACGCGUGACGAUACCCCUGACGGUUCACAGCGCGGACGACAUCCAGUAUGUCGAGGAUGACUACGACACUGUAUCGGACAAUGACUUCUCCGCCUCUGGUAUCACACGCAAUUCUACGAAUCUCGAUGGCAAUGUGUACUACGAAGUUCCAGCCAAAGAAUCAAAAGUGGAAUUCUUGGACAUUCCGAAGUUUCUGCAUUCGAGAUCGAAUUCUUCUCCUUCAAAUUCGUCAGCUCAAACUAGUCCAAUGUUAGAAAGGAAAUCGAGUUACAGAAAAAAGAGUGCCCAUGACUACGAAAAAUUAUCUGUGACGUCUAACUCCUCGAAGAAAAGCACGGUGGAACGACUGGCAGAGAGCGCUGCCUUCUUCAGGAGAAGAACGGAAACAGCUCACGAGAAAAAGAAUGAAAUCCGAGGAGAUGAAGAAGAGCAUGUUUUAGAAGUUUUAAGACAAGUAGUGAGAAAGUGUACAGUCCUAGAUCCAGUGAAGAGACCGUCAUCUAACGACAUUCUCGAUUUACUCUCGAGUUUAAAUGAAAAGUCCUGACACGAAAUCGAAUUCAUUUGAGAUCUAAAAUUUACAACAGGAAGCGGGCCAAGGACAAGAUCAAGUGCAUGUUUGUGGUACAAUGCUCACAUUAAAGAGUUGGAUAUGCAUUCAGCUUCAAGUGAAAAACGAAGGAAAUAGAGGAAUUACAAUUCUUCAGUUUUGAAGAAUUGAAUGCAAUGUCAAAAAUGAUUCGGACGUUUUUGAGAAGCAUUUUUUAAGAAUUGAGAAAGACAAUUCAGUGCAAGACAUUUUUUUACAUACAUACAUAUGGAAAAGACUAGAGGAAGAUUGAAAAUUUCAUGUUUUUACUUAAAAAAUUAUACAUUGCAUAAACAUUUUAGAUAUGUUCAAUCAAAAAAACAAAACUUUUCUGUUUCAUUUUUCUCAUUUUCUUUUCAUAAUGACAUGAAUGCAAUAAAGCUUUUCUUCUACCUCUU